CAACUCCGUCACCUCCACAAACCACCACAGGGUGGCAGUAAUGAGUAAUACUCCUCACCCCUCCCACCCCCAAUUCACACAGCAGCGCCACUUUCAUCUCCACCGUCCACAAGACUUAUUUAGGAGCUGAGAUGGCAUCCAGUUUUUCAACUCCAAGUGAACCAAGUGACGAGGACGAUGUGUCACAAAGUUCGCAGCGUUUGAGCCGAGGCAGGUCCGGUGGACGGUCGAGAGGACGAGCAAGAGGGUUCAGGGUACGAGGCAGAGGCCGAGGCCGAGGAACACGAGCUGUAGCUUCCAGAGCUGAGCACUCGGAUAGAGUUGAACAGUAUCGCCGUGACCGUUUGGCUGCCACACAGAGACUUCUUGAUGACAUGACUGCUGAGGACCUAAGAAGGCUUGCAUCACAGCUCGUCGUAAGGCAACCAGGCCUGAUUUUUGAUCUUCUAUUGCAACAGAGCAAUUCAAGCGUCUCAGAGGCAGCUGGAGUCCCAGGAAUGCCCUGGUGUACUUGUGGGUUAUGCAGGGAGAUGCCAACCGACAGGGAGAGGAUCUGCUGUGGUCAGACACCAGCUAAUUGCAUCAGCAAGCUACCUCAUUUUACCCAAUAUUGCCUUGAUGAAGGAUAUCUUAGGAUACAUAGGCAUUAUCGAGAAGAUGUGACAGCACUUGGCCAUGCAACAGAGCCAGGUGAUAACAGGCAGUACCGGUGUGCCGCCUAUAGGCAUUUCAUAUAA